AUGGAAAUAGCUCCUUUGGCCCUGGCCCACACUCAUGCGCGGAACGCCGUGCUAGAGACUCGUAAGGCCAACCCAGUCGCUGCCAGUGAGGAGCAUGAUCUAGCUGCUGGUGAAUUUGCAACCGCUGCACAGAACAGCUCCGACCAUGAGGCGCUACGGACUCUACGUUUACUCGAAACUCACCACAAGAAACUCGCCGAGAUCCUCCGAUUCCAGCAUGAACAUCCAACCACCCUCCCUGCCGAAACAGUAUCCGCUACUACUACCUCAUCCACGUUAGCGACCCAGCAGACCGCAGGUGAUCUUGGGGCCACAAAGGGCGCAAGUGCGAACCAGGAUGCACACCUACCACCAAGAUUGGUGGGUAAUACUCGUCUACCAAGUCGGGAUAAAUCCUCUAUCGCUAGUAAUCUGGCAUCCGCCCGAGGAAUCCCGUCGCACCCCCAGCGUGGAUCGCCAGUGUCGCCGACACUUACAUCGCAACAUGUCGCAGCAAAGAUGACCGAACCCCCACCGAAGGCUAAAGCCGGCGAAACAAGGCUACGUGACGGACCAGCUAAAAGUCGACACGGUCGUGCUUCGGCACCUAGACAACCAUGGUCUCCUCCGACCCCCAGUUCCACUGAGGUCGUUUCCCAGCAAACGGUACCCCCCAGUGCAGCUGAAUCCGGGGCAUCGAAAGAUAAGCCUGCAAUUGCUGAUGAAGCAUUCAACCGUUUCUACUCAGCCUUCGGGGGAUUGGUCUCCAAGGUGUCUGGGCCUUUGGCAUUCGCGGGGAUUCAAAUGGGGUCUGCCGAUCCAGUCCGCGUUGAACAAAGCCGUAAGUCCUCAGCCGAGGUGAAACUGGAUCGUGAACAUGCUGUUCUAGAUCGCUCCAUAACCGCGGGUGAACCUGACGUGAACAAACUCUUCUCUCGAGCCGCAUUGCGGUCGAUUCGGGACGGCUCUGGGGCAGGUCCGGGGAACCCAGCAGAGUCAUUCUAUGUCGUCCCAACCACAGGCGGGACUAUGUCAUACGCAGGAAUCCUCACCAGAGCCGAAAGGCAGGCACGCAGGAACAGCCUCGAGGAUGGUGAUGACGACUUUGUGGAUGCGCGAGAGACCCCCUCAUCUCCUGAAAUGCGUCACAGUGCCAGCGGUUCACGCAUAUGGGCGGGUCGACGCGGCGCACCCGAUAAGCUUACCACCCCGCAGACACAGAAGACAAUGGAAGAGAUGCAGGUGGAGAAUGAGACAUUGAGGGGCUUGACCGAUUCGCUUGCGACACGAUUGCAUAUGUGGGAGGUGAGCGCGCAAUCUUCGUCGUUGGCGCUGCAGCAAUCAAUCCGAAUGAUGCACCGCCAAAGCGGGGGGACGCCUGAUUAUUUCCAGCCUUCAACGGCCACUACCUCGCCUGUUGCUACGCUGACCGCGCCGCCAGUUGCGGCUGAUACUGACGCUCGGAUCAAAGAACUCGAGGAGCAGAUCAAGCGUAGUGAGAAAAAACUUGAAACCGCUACGCACGAGAAUGACAAGCUCAAAAAUGUUCUUGGGCGAUAUCGAGACCGCUGGGAGAAAUUGAAAGAGGGUGCCAAAACUCGGAGAGCGGAGGGUCGCUCCGGGGACAGUCAGAGCAAUCCGCCUCCCAGUGGUACUAGCAAGCCGUCGGAAAUCUCAUCAUCUCCAGAUCCCGGUCGAGGUUCCUCUGCUAGUCAAACAACGUCUCGUGCUGCGGGUGAUAGCCCGGCAUAG